UGCCGUCAGCUGCCGUACCAAUGCGCAGGCUCAGUGGAACAGGAGAGGACGGCUGCUGCUUAAUUCUCAGAAAACAACACUCUGAGCCUUGACUGGCUUAGAUAAGAAUAGCAGCCAUCAGGACACGGAGCUUCUGAGUGUGUGAUGGGAAUGAUUGUGUCUGCUGUCGUUUCAUCCUGACCAAGAUUUGCUGAUGGUGGUUUCUCUCUGACUGUACUGGAAUAGGAGGGGCUGUUUCUACCCAGAUACACACGGGGAGAUUCUUCUGCAGGGACUGUUACAGUGACAUCCUCCACGUGACUGUGCGAUCGAGAGGGCAUCAGGAUGGAGGCCCCUCUGGUGUGCCUGGAUGAGGAAUUUGAGGAUCUGCGACCCUGUAAGAUGGAGGAGAUCCAAUCCGAGCAGCCUGCCUGUCGUCCUCACAAAACCAUUCCUCUGGCCCCACUGUGCCGCGAAGAGUUCUCAGAGCUGGAGAACUUCUCCGAGAUGAUGAGCUUCAAGUCCAUGGAGGACCUCGUCAAUGAAUUUGAUGAGAAGCUAAAUGUGUGCUUCCACAAUUACAACACGAAGACAGAAGGCCUGGCACCUGUUCGCAACCAGUCGCACACCGAGGAGGAUGAAGAGAGGCUUCAAGAUGAAGACGUGUGGGAUGCUCUGACUGACAACUACGUCCCCUCCUCUGUGUCCAGCUGGGACGAGCCCACCUCAGAAACGCUGAAUGGCAACCUCUCAGAUCAAGAGAUACAUGAAAAAGAGGAGGAUGAGAUGAACGAGAAGAAUGAAAAUGCCAAUUGUUUGAGUGAAGAACCUCUUAUUAGCGCUGAUCAGGUGAUUGAGGAGAUCGUGGAGAUGAUGGAAAACUCACCAGAUCCUGGAGAGACAGAGGAAGAGGAGGAAGAUGAUAUCGCUGUGUCUUCCUCUAAAAGUAGCCCCUCUCUGUUGGAGGAGAUCCGCAUGCUUUCUCAGGCCUCCAACAACAACUGCUCCUAUGAAGGUCUGAGGCUGAUGCCAAGCUCGGCACUGCUUGACAUCUUGUGUCGGAUGGAGGCGGCGAUACGAGAGUAUUCGGAGGAACUGGUGACCCAGCUGGCCCGGAGGGACGAGCUGGAGUUUGAGAAGGAGGUGAAGAACACCUUCAUCACAGCUCUGAUGGAGGUCCAGAACAGACAGAAGGAGCAAAGGGAGCUGAGCAAGCGCAGGCGUAAGGACAAGGCCAUGAGUUUACAAGGACCGACGCGCUCCGAGAAGACCGGGAGCAUGCCUGCAAAACGCUUCAGUAUGGAGGGUCUUUCCAACAUCCUGCAGACAGGCAUCAGGCAGACCUUUGGGACCUCAGGGACAGAAAGACAGUACCUAAACACAGUCAUUCCGUAUGAGAAAAAAGCCACUCCUCCAUCUGUGGAUGACUUGCAAAUGCUCACAAAAAUUCUUUAUGCCAUGAAAGAAGACAGUGAGAAGGUCCCGACCCUCUUGACUGACUACAUACUAAAAGCUAAUUAAAUAACUGGAUUCACAGAAGAUCACUGUUCACCAGCUCUAAAUAUUCCCUUCUGUGUCCUACCUAAAGUCCUGAGCGUGACGUGCUGAUGGUGAGACUCUGGAGAGGUCGGGUGUCUUCGUUCGUCCUCUCUCGGUUCUCAAAGCCCAGCUGCAUGAGCUCCCUUAUCCAGUAUCAGCGAGGGACCCUGAACAUCUAACCAUCCUUCUCUUGCUUGUCUAACGACCUUUGACCUUGCUCAUCUCACUGCCCUUCCUGUAUUCACAUAUCCAUAAGGUUCACACUACAGCACCUGGUGCUUUACAUGUUUUCUACUACGUGUGUUAAUACGGGCCAAAAGCCAUAUGGAACGUGUAAGGGUAACAGGUGGAAUUUAAUCAGUUUAACUCUACGAUCAGGUAAUAUUUUUAUUUUUAAAUAUACGCCUAACAUAAGGUAUUUUAGAUACCACUCAAUCAUUCACAUCCAUUCUGAUCACAGGUGGCGAUGAGAAGGGCAUUAUUCACAAUCUUCCUAAGGUGUAGAUGCAGUGAUUCGAGAGCACAUUUGAAAAUAAUCCAUCCAUACUUUCUGCUUUAGCCGUUUUAGUAUUGCGGCUUCAUUUCAGCCAAGGUUGGUUGAAAAUACAGCAUGUUUUAGUGUUCAACAUUAAUGCCAAGUUAUAGGGAGAAAUCUUGUAACUUUUCUUAUUUUGGGUAACCUGACAUUUUUUUUUCAUCUUGUGUAUGAAAUACACAGUUCUACAUAGUUUCUUUUGACGAUCCAUUUGUCUAAUAAAAACAUGUUCUUUUUUUUUUUUACUUUUAACAUUAACUGUCAUCCAUGCCUUGUGCUUACAUCUUUAAUGUAUAUAUUUCUUAUUUAGUAAGGGACAUGGAGGAAUGUGAAGUAUUGCUGAGUUGUAAUUCCAAUAAACGUCAAACCCUGUAAAAGCCUGAA